UACAUAUACAAUUUUGUCACGUAAAAUAUCGGAGAAAUACGUAUAAUGGAAUGAAAAUUACGCGCAGGAAUGCACAGUGCGUUGCGCAAAAAUAAACGACCUCACCAUAUAAUUUAGAGAAUAAAUAAUGUCCAUUCAUUAAUACAGUAUUUCCACCUGUAAUUUGCUACUACUAUCAUUCACUCUGUCACUAAUCGGAGAAGGUUUCGAUACACCGGUUUGCGAGUCGCGUGAUUCUGACGUGCCAUCCCCAUUGUAGAUUGACUACCCAGAACAGACAGGUAUCGGCAAACUGCUAGUGUGGGUGGCUGGGACAGCAACUAGUCGGAUCAUUUCAUCCCAGUGGAUUACAGCGGCAAAAUGAGCUCGAGUAAACCGAAAAACAAAAGCGAGAAUAAAACUGAGAAGCAAUUGGCUGCGGAGAAAGAACAGUUUGGAAAACUACAGCUCCACAGCAUCAGUAAAAGCAUCACCUCCAGUGAGACACCGCUGAAGGAGAAAUAUGCACGCAGUAUCAUCAUGGGGACCCAUAAGGAGGGCGGAGCCACAACGUUCUGGUCGUUCAUCAUCAACCUGCCGCUCUCCUCCAACGCCAUCAUCAGCUGGAAGUUCUGCUACAUGCUGCACAAAGUCCUCCGGGACGGACACCAUAACGCUGUGAGAGACUCUCAUAGAUACAGCAGGAACGUCAAAGACAUGGGCAUACUCUGGGGGAACUUACAUGAUAGGUACGGCCAUAUUGUGGCCCUUUCAGCCAAGUUCCUGUCCAUCAAAAUGGAGUUCCAUGUGAAGCACAAGGUUAUUCCAGGUAACCUGGAGGCCGCAGAUGAGACGGUGGAGAGAGAGGCAGGAACUGACGUCAACAAAAUAUUUGAUAUGACCCAUGAGCUGUUAGAUUACCUGGACGCUGCUCUGAAAAUGUCAGAGACAGUUUGGCGACAGCUGGAUGCCAACGCGGGCAAGUCCACCACUCCGGCCGGACAGUGUCGUCUGGGACCUCUAAUUCCUGUUAUACUGGACUGCAGCUGGCUCUACCACUUCUCUGUCAAACUGCUGUUCAAACUGCACAGCUGUGUUUCAGCUGACUCUCUUCUCGGACACCGGGAGAGAUUCCGUGAUCUGUUCAACAGCCUCACUAAGUUAUUUGAUCGAGCCAGAGAGACGGAGUUCUUCAAAAAAGUUAUUCAGAUCCCUGACCUGCCAGAUUCUCCUCCGAACUUCCUGCGUGCCUCUGCACUGGCGGAGUACGUGCGGCCGGUGGUGGUGAUGCCCAAUGAGGAGCCUUAUGAAGAAGUCGAGGCGGCGCCAGACUACAGCCAAGCGCCCCAGAUGCCACAGCAACCGUACAACAUGUUAAGUCAGCUGGGAGCUCCUGAUGCUGGAUUUGAUCACAGAAGAUCUCCGUCUCCAGCUCUGACGGAGGCAGAGACUCUGAGGAAGGAGCUGGAGGUCAUCAAACCAGAGCUGCAGCUUUUCAAAACAGAGGCUCAGAGGUGUGUGACCCAGCUGAAGUCUCAGGUGAACAGGCUGGAAGCAGAGCUGGAGGACCAGAGGACCCAUAAGCAGAUGGCUUUGGUGGACAAUGAACACCUGCGCAUGGAGGUAGGGGCCUUACGACAGGCCACCGUCGCCCUACCAGGGGUACAGGCUGGAUACCAGGAAGCUGAUGGUCGAGCCCAGGCAGCUGAGCUGCGUUUUUCUCAGCUCAAAGAGCGACACGCUGAACUGGUCACCAGCCACGCUGAUCUACUGAAGAAGAAUGCAGAGACAGUCAGGUUCUUGUCCAGCACCCAGCAGAACCAGGAGAAAUUGGCCACGGCCAAACAGCAGCUGGCCAGCGAGGUGGACCUCCUUCGACAGGAGAAUAGACUCAAGCUGGAGCAGCAGAAGCAGGAGAUAGAUCGGCUAAACAGAGAGCUGUUGGACCAGAGAGCAGCGUUAGGUGAAGUCCACAGUGUCCUGGACAACAAAGAGAUGGCUGGUUCCCAAAUGACUGGUGCUCUGCAGGGUCUCCAGCGAGAGAGGGAGGAACUGCUGCGCUGUUUAAGGGAGAAAGAGGGUGAAGUGUCCUCCCUACAGCAGCAGGCUCAGCUCCAUCACAGCUCCAUGGAGCAGGACAGGGACAGAUCAGCCAGAGAGAUAGCCAGCCUGAGGCAACAGCUACAGCAACAGCUGGCUAUAAACGCAGAGCAGAGAGUGGAGAUUGACAGACUGAAGCGAGAGCUGGAGCAGAGUCGAGCGGAGGUGUCACGCGCUAACAAUGCCCUGCAGAACAAGGAGAUGACUGGUUCUCAGAUGAACAGUGCCCUGAUGGGUCUCCAGACCGAGAGAGAGGGGCUGCUGCGCUCUGUGAGGGAGAAAGAUGCUGAGCUGUCCUCUUUAAGGCAGCAGGCACAGCUCCAACGCAGCUCUCUGGAGCAGGACAACGACAGGACAUCCAGAGAGAUGGCCAGUCUGAGGCAACAGCUACAGCAACAGGCAUCUCGUGAGGGUGAGCUGACCAGGAAGCUGCAGGAGGAACAGUUCUGUCUGCUCCAGUGUGCCGUGGUGGAGGCUGAAGGCAUCAUACUGGACGCUGUGUCCAAACUGGACGACCCCAUACACGUACGCUGCAUCUGCUCUCCAGAUUACCUGGUGAACCGAGCUGAGAUCACCCUGGGUUCUUUGGACAAGAUGCAGCAGAGUCACGUGGUCUACCUGGGAAAUAUGGACGAUGCCAGUGGUCUUCUGAGGGCUGUGACACAGUUCUCCCAUCUGGCUUCUGACACCAUCGUCAACGGAGGAGCUACAGCACAUAGUGCUCCUACUGACCAGGCCGACCGUCUGACUGACAGUUGUAGAGAAGCUUCCACCCACUGUCUGCAGUUCCUACAUGAGCUGAAAUCCAGAGCCACGUUACAGAGAGCCGACCCUACUACGAUACGCUAUGUAAUGCAACGUAUACUCACUAUGGGACAGGAUCUGCGUCUUCAAGGGCAGGAUGUUCUAAAAGAGGAGCUGGGGGAAAUGGUGGAUAAAGAGAUGACUGCUACCUCUACUGCAAUAGAGGAGGCUGUACUCCGCAUGGACGAGAUCCUGAACCAGGCCAGGAGAGACACGUCUGGGGUCAAACUGGAGGUCAACCAGAGCAUCCUUGGCUCCUGUUCAGACCUAAUGAAGGCCAUCCACAUGCUGGUGACAGCUGCCACUGACCUGCAGAAAGAUAUUGUGGAAAGCGGCAGAGGGGCAGCAUCAGUGAAGGAGUUCUAUGCUAAGAACUCCUGUUGGACUGAAGGCCUCAUCUCUGCCUCCAAGUCAGUGGGCUGGGGCGCCACUCAGAUGCUAGACUCGGCUGACAAGGUGGUAACUAGCGGGGGUAAAUACGAGGAGCUCAUCGUCUGUUCUCAUGAGAUCGCUGCUAGUACCGCCCAGCUGGUCGCUGCCUCCAAGGUGAAGGCGGACCGCAACAGCAAGAAGCUGUCGACGCUGCAGCAGGCCUCGAGACACGUCAACGACAUGGCUGCCGUAGUGGUGACCUCCACCAAUCACGGACAGAGGCAGAUCACUGAGAGAGAACCCAUGGACUUCUCAGGCAUCUCCCUGAUCAAAGUGAAGACUCAAGAGAUUGAGUCUCAGGUGAAGUUGUUGGAGCUGGAGAAUCAGCUGGAACAGGAGAGAGUUCGUCUGGGAGAGCUGAGGAAGAAACACUACCAGCUGUCUGGGACUGGUACACCCCACGGGGGGGAGGUGGAGGGGGGAGACAGGGAUGACGAGGGAGACAGCUUCCCACCCCCUCCCCCUCCAACCCUCUUACCAGCCUCCACCCUGCUGCCCCAGCCCUACCUAAACACACAGCCCUUCUCACAGACACAACCCGACUCACAACUAUCAGCUCAGUCCUACUCACCACCCAAGUCCUACUCACACACUCAACCCUAUUCACAAACAAAGCCUUACUCUGAACCUGAAUCCUACUCACAGCCUGCAACGCAAUCCUACUCACCACCCCAACCUUUCUCACCACCCCAAUCUUACUCAUCAUCCCAAACCCAGUCUUACUUACCACCUCAAUCGUAUUCUCAAACCCAAUCCUACUCACAUCCCCAAACAUACUCUCAAAGCCAGCCGUAUGUAAACACCAAUCCCUUCUCCCAACCCCCGCCUCUGUCCGCGCCUCUGUCCGCGCCUCUGUCCCAGCCACUGUCCCAGCCUCUGUCCCAGCCUCUCUUCUUGCCUCUGUCCCAGCCACUGUCCCAGCCUCUCUCCCAGCCUCUGUCCCAGCCACUGUCCCAGCCUCUCUCCCAGCCUCUGUCCCAGCCACUGUCCCAGCCUCUCUCCCAGCCUCUGUCCCAGCCCGAGUCCCUUCCCCUUCCAAAUAAUUCAGUAGAACUCGCCAAGCCAACCCACACUUCAAAGAAACCUUCCAUCUUCCAGAAAACAGGAACCCUGUUUAGUAAGUUCCGAAGAGGUGAGGCUGGAACAGAGGAAUCCAGAAUCCGGAAUGUUAAAAUCCUAAAUCCAGAAUGAGAAGAUUCUACCUGUCUGCGUACCUUGUCAUGUGAACUACUGUAUAUGCAGUUUACUCAGGUGCAGUGAUUGAAGAACAACCCUUUUCAAGAUAGCAACUUUAUUGUAAUAUUUGAUAUUUCUAAAUGUCUUGAUACACUAUUUGAUUACACAAAAAACAUCUGGGUAAAUAACGGUUAAUAAUAUUAUUAUUAUUACUAGCAUUAUUACUUCUUUUAAGAACGUGUAUUAUCUUUCUAUUUGAAAAAGCAGUCAUCUCUUACUGACCACUGCAGUGCUUGUAGGAAGAAUUGUGUCUAAACCAACAUCCCAAUGCUUUGUCCAAAUGCCUUAAAAAUACUUGAAUAUACUACAUGGUAAACAACCAAUCAACGUACAGCCGCCUAUUCGUCUUUACAUAGUAUCUCUUAUGUGAGUAUACUUACUUCACAUAGAUUUUAAUAUUUGUAACAUGUAUUGAGAUAAACAGACGUUUUAAAUGAAUAUAUACCUUUCCAUUUGUCCUGAAGUGUAGAUUUAGUUGUUGUGAUUGACAGGAGAGAUGACCAAUGGCGCUUUCUUUGCAACUGGGAUUGACCCCUGGGCUGAAGUAUGGAUAGAGCGUGUCAGCAAAGUUGCGGCCCAUGUAAAAGUUGAUAUGGCGUCGAGCUCCCAGGUCACAAGACCACACCCGGCCUUGUUCGUAGUCUAUGUAUAUCCCGACCUUUGAGGGUCUGUGGGUCAAGGAGAGAGGAACAGGAAAGUCACCAAGAGCUUCGUAUUUGCUCCAGUCUCUCAGCCAUGUUUCCCAGUAUCCAUUCUCAGGGUUAGUAGCACACUGCCCGUCCUGUUGAUGACCUCUGUGGCCACUCCUAACGUCCAGUCAGUCUUCCCCCUCACCGUCACCUCCCUGAGGAGAAUCCCUGCUUUUCCAGAAACACUGAUGGACAGUUCAGAUCUUCCUGAGUAGUCUGGAAGAUUCUAUCUUUGCUCUCCUCCUCUUCUCGUGUUUCGCCGUGUCACUUGUUUCCCCGACCGAGUUACCCUCUGAGCAGUGUGUAUAUGCUGUACUGAAUACAGUGUUUACGUAGUGUUACGUACAGUGAGGUGAUGAAUGUAAUGUACUGGUUAUUCAUUACAGUAUGUUAGGUAUAGACGUAUGCAGUAUGCACGGUGGGAAUGUACCUGCACUUUGAAAAAUACAACAACAUACAGUGGGGUCCGGGAUGAUUGAAUUAUUGCGUCUUGUGAUAAAGAUGAGCAAAAAAUACUGAGCUACUGUACUGUAUAUUGUAUGCUCAAAGAAAUAGAACAUUUUGUUAUACGAAUACAGUUGCUCAGAGAAAUAACAAAUAUUAAAAACAGAAAUCGAAUAAAGAUAGGAGUCACACUUAUUGGAUCCUGUUUUCAAUACUCUGGCACCCUUCCCUUGCGAGGAUAAUGACACUGAGCCUUAUUUCUAAAAUGUUUUAUGGCCAUUGGAGAACACCGUGGGAGGGAUCUUAGACCAUUCAUCCAGACAGAAUCUGUCCAGAUCCUUGAUGUCCUUCAUCUGCUCUUAUGGACUGCCCUCUUCAAUUCAAACCACAGCUUUUCAAUGGGAUUCAAGUCCGGAGACUGAGAUGGCCAUUGCAAAAUGUUGAUUUUGUGCUCAAUUAACCAUGUCUUUGUGGAUUUUGAUGUGGGCCUGGGGUUAUUGUCUUGCUGGAAGCAAUAUACAAUAUAUAUGUGUGUGUAUGUGUGUAUAUAUAUGUGUAUGUGUGUGUAUAUAUAUGUAUAUAUGUGUAUGUGUGUUUGUGUAUAUAUAUAUUCUUUAGACUAGUUGAGUAUCUGGAGCAUCAGCAUUUGUGGGUUUGAUUACAGGCUCAAAAUGUCCAGAAACAAAGACCUUUCUUCUGAAACUCAUCAGUCUAUUCUUGUUCUGAGAAGUUAAGGCUAUUCCAUGCAAAAAAUCGCCAAGAAACUGAAAAUCUCGUACAACGAUGUGUACUACUCCCUUCACAGAACAGCGCAAACUGGCUCUAACCAGAAUAGAAAGAGGAGUGGGAGGCCCCGGUGCCCAACUGAGCAAGAGGACAAGUACAUUAGAAUGUCUAGUUUGAGAAACAGACGCCUCACAAGUCCUCAACUGGCAGCUUCGUUAAAUAGUACCCGCAAAACACCAGUCUCAACAGUGAAGAGGUGACUCCGGGAUGCUGGCCUUUUUAUUUUAAAGGGAGGUGCGUGGAUCAUGAAACCAGUCAGUAUCUGGUGUGACCACCAUUUGCCUCAUGCAGGGCAAAAUGUUUUUUUAUUUAACUAGGCAAGUCCGUUAAGAACAAAUUCUUAUUUACAAUGACGGCCUACCCCAGGCCAAUUGUGCGCCGCCCUAUGGGACUCCCAAUCACGACCAGAUGUGAUGAAGCCUAAAUUUGAAACAAGUACUGCAGUGAUGCCUCUUGCACUGAGAUGCUGAGAUGCAGCGUUCAGACCACUGAACCACUCGGGAGCCCCAUAUCCUUUGCAUAGAGUUGAUCAGGCUGUUGAUUGUGUCCUGUGAAAUGUUGUCCCACUCCUCUUCAAUGGCUGCGCAAAGUUGCUGGAUAUUGGCGGGAAUUGGAAACGCUGUCGUAAAUGAUCCAAAGCAUCCCAAACAUGCUUAGUGGGUGACAUGUCUGGUGAGUAUGCAAGCCAUGGAAGAACUGGGACAUUUUCAGCUUCCAGGAAUUUUUAACAGAUCCUUGCGACAUGGGGCCGUGCAUUAUCAUGCUGAAACGAGGUGAUAGUGGAAGAUGAAUGGCACGAAAAUGGGCCUCACUAUCUCGUCACGGUAUCUCUGCAUUCAAAUUGCCAUCGAUAAAAUGCAAUUGUGUAGGUUACUUUCUAAAUGUAAUCCGUUACAGUUACUAGUUACCUGUCCAAAUUUGUAAUCAGUAACGUAACUUUUGGAUUACCCAAACUCAGUAACGUAAUCUGAUUACAUUCAGUUACUUUUAGAUUACUUUCCCCUUAAGAGGCAUUUGAAGAAGACAAACAUGUAUGUUACUAAUUGAACUACAUUUAUUGCAGGACAAACUUCUCUAAAAUGAUGUUGGAGGCAGCAUAUGGUAGAUAAAUUAACAUUAAAUUAUCUGGCAACAACUCUGGUGGACAUUCCUGCAGUCAGCAUGCCAAUUGCACACUCCCUCAAAAAUUAAGACUUCUGUGGCAUUGUGUUGUGUGACAAAAAUACACAUUUUAGUGGCCUUUUUUUUGUCCAUGACCUUCAGGACGCCCUCAUUGAUUUUAUUAGUAAUUCUCACUCGUAUAUCAUAUUAACAUGGCAUAGGUCAUGGAUUUUAGCUGUAAAACUGCAAAUAUUUUCUCUUUCUACUAAUUUCUCUAAAAUUAGUAGAAAUGCAUGACAUUUUUUAUAAAAUUGCAACAUUUUCUUUCCGCCCCAUGGCAAAAUGUGUAGAAUUGCAGGAAAUUAAUUUUAAAACUCUGUCCAGAAGGGGGCCACUCAAUUGUUUUGACCCCCCCCCCCCCCCAACCGAAUCUCGCUUAGGGCCCCCAAAAUACUAAGGCCGGGCUCUGGCUGGAAGAUCCACUUGUGGCCAAGUUCAGCUUCCUGGCUGAGGUCACCAGGUUUUUAGCUAAAAUAUCCACUAAAUGUCAUGAU